GCUUAUCAAAACAAGUCAACAUAAUUAAUUCCUUAUUGAAUAAAAAUAUUUAAUUGGCUUCAAAAUUAUAUAAAAAAUAUAUGUGUUUAGUUAUCUUACGAUAUAUAAGGAUAAGUAACGCAUAAUCCAAUUUUUUAAUCUUUUAGUUAGUGAAUAAAAAAUUGUUUUAAAUGGUACCCACUUAAUUAUUAACAAUUCUAUCUGUAUUAACUAAAGAGCGUUAAUGUGUGUUCCUAUUUAUUAUUGUAGGUUUUUGUUUGCUUUCAGAAAAUCACCUAGAUAAAACGAAUUCGUCACUCAAAUGUAAAGUCAAAAAACUUGACAAAAAUGCAUUUAGUAAACGUAAAAGUAUUAUUUAUUAUUAUGUGCAUAAACAACUGCCACGCUGACGCUAAAAUAUUGAAAAGCGAAGCAGAUAAACCUAGUAAACCGAUCGAAUUAAAUGUCAAUGCUGAGGGUUCUUUGUACCCUCGUGAAACAGAAACCAGAGAGGUGAAAACAUUGGAUGGAAUUUGGAAGUUUAGAGUAUUACCACCAGUUAAUACCGGAUGUCUUGGUGCAGAAGGACCUACUAUUUUGAUGCCAGUGCCCUCGUCAUAUAACGAUGUGACCCAAAACGUUCUUAUCCGUGAUCACGUUGGCCUGGUUUGCUAUGAGCGUCAGUUCCGGGUCCCGUCGUCGUGGUCAUUAUCGGAUCGAAGAGUUUGGUUGAGGUUUAGCAGUGUUUCCUAUGCCGCUAACGUUUCGUUAAACGGUUAUCAAGUCGGGAGUCAUAAAAUUGGUCACUUGCCUUUUGACAUAGAUAUCACUGGUGUCUUCAGACACAAUGCGAACAAUUUUCUGACUGUUGCAGUUGAUAACACAUUAGGCAACAACACUAUCCCUCAGGGCAUUGUAGAAUACAUCAGGAAUGCUAAUAGUCAAGUUCAUGUUAAACAAAGCUACACUUUUGACUUCUUCAAUUAUGCCGGCAUACACAGAUCAGUAUUUCUUCAUUCUACUCCGAAGAUUUAUGUUGAUGACAUAAAAAUCACAACAAAUAUACAAGGAGAUUAUGGUUUUGUAUCAUACGAAACAACUUACAAAGGAACUACUAACAAUGUGCAAUGUUUGGUUCAAAUUUAUGACAAAAACAAUGACCAAGUAGCCCACAGUAAAGAAUGUUCGGGAUCCUUGCUAAUCCCUAAAGCGAAUUUCUGGUGGCCUUAUUUAAUGGAUUCAAAUCCUGGAUAUUUAUAUACGUUUAAGAUUUCCUUGAUUAAUAGUAGAAAGGAACUCAUUGAUACUUAUUACGAAAAAAUCGGUAUUAGAACAAUAGAAUGGACAAACACAUCAAUUUUCAUCAAUGAAAAACCAUUGUAUCUGAGAGGGUUUGGUAUGCAUGAAGAUUCUGAUCUCAGAGGGAAAGGUUGGGAUCCAGUAUUAUGGGUAAAAAACUUCAAUCUACUACAAUGGGUAGGAGCGAAUGCAUUUCGCACUUCUCAUUAUCCUUACGCCGAGGAAAUAUAUCAACUAGCUGACGAACUGGGUAUAAUGAUCAUAGGAGAAUGUCCCAGUGUUGAUACUGAAAUAGACCGGAUUAGUUAUUGGAACGAAAAACUCUUCGCACAGAGAUUUCGCGUUCCCUUGAAUCUAGCACAUACGUUGGAACCUAUACUAAAGCCGAAAACGAUGAAUAUAUUUGGACCUGAACUAUUAACAAAUCAUAAACUCGCUCUAACGAAAAUGAUCAAUCGUGAUAAGAACCAUCCCAGUGUGAUAAUCUGGUCUAUCGCAAACGAACCCAGGACCCAAAAAGACCCAGCAGAUGCUUAUUUCAAGCAAAUCGCAGACCACGUUAAAUCGUUAGAUACUUCCAGGCCAAUAACUUUUUCGACCAAUCAACAAUACUAUAGUGACAAAGCAGUAAAACACGUUGACGUAAUCAGCGUGAACCGCUACUUGGCCUGGUAUGAAGAGCCUGGACAAUUGAUGGACGUAGUGGCUAAUCUCACCCACGACAUAGCUAAGUGGCACAAAAAGUUUAACAAACCAGUUUUAAUAUCUGAAUAUGGGAGUGAUGCUAUUACUGGUUUUCAUGCGUACCCAGAAUAUGUAUGGUCUGAAGAUUAUCAACUCGCUCUACUGUCCGAACAUUUCAAAGCAUUUGAUCAACUUCGGCCUGAAGGAUUCUUUGUAGGAGAGUUUAUAUGGAAUUUCGCAGACUUCAAUACACCCCAAUCGUUUACAAGAGCAGGUGGUAAUAAGAAGGGUAUAUUCACACGGAGUCGGCAACCAAAAUCCGCCGCGCACCUUGUGCGUGCGCGCUACAACUCUAUCGCAAAAUCAGAAGGCUACGUAACGCAGCGUGAGAGCGGCUACUACAUAUUCAAAGAUGAGCCAAUCAAACGAGUUGAUCUAUAUUAACAUGUGCUAUUACAAUAUAAAAGAGUCAAUGCUAAUAACACUAACAACCAGCGCAAUAACAAACUUUGGUGAAUAAAAGUUUGAAGACCUUCGUAAAGUGACAACCGUCAGCUAGCUGUUGCAUUUUGUAUGGUAAAUGAAAUUUCCGUGGGACCCAAAUGCCCCCGUUAUUCCCUAUUCCUUCCUUUUAGGCAAUUCUGGAAUCUCGAAUUCCUUUUUCGAAUAAAAAAUUGGUUAACAACUAUUUAUAAACCAUUUGGCUACAAGGUACAAAAUACUAGAUGGCAACACUACACAGUUGACGGUUACCUUUCAGACUUAACAGUUGACAUAAGUUUUCAUUUUUUUAAGGUUAUCUUUAAUAAAAACAAAAAAGUUAAGCAUAAUAUUAGCCUUAGCGAUUAAAACUAAAA